ACGCUUUGCAAAAGAAAAACAGAAAAAAAGGAAAAAAGGAAAGGGAAAAAAAAAGUAGGGUUCCGGCGACCGGGCUACCGGCGGCGAGAAGGCGCAGCUCCGCACCCACCGGCCACCGUGAGGCCUGAGCCCCCCGCCCCCUAACGCCGACGGCCUACACCCAGAGGCGACUCGGCAAGCGGGCUGUGGCGCUAGGCGGCAGCGGGGGCGGCGGCCGCGACCACGACCAGCAAGGAGGAAGGGCUCUCCUCUAAUCCUCUCCGUCUCUCCAAGAAUCCAACCAGGUAGCAGCUGCUUGGCAGUGGGCAGAGCAACAUGUCUAGCAAUCCGGUUGGUGUCGAUAACACUUUCCGGAGGAAAUUUGACAAGGAGGAGUACUUGGAACGAGCUCGGCAGAGGGAGCGGGAGGAGAAGGAAGAAGCGCGGAAAGGCAAGGAAAAGGGCCCUCCUGUGCAAAGGCAACCUUUGAAGCAUAGGGACUAUGAAGUUGACCUUGAGUCCCGUCUUGGCAAGACUCAGGUGGUAACUCCAAUUGCACCUUUGAGUCAACAGGCUGGUUACUAUUGUAAAGUUUGUGAAUGUGUCGUUAAAGAUUCAGCUAACUAUUUGGACCAUAUAAAUGGCAAGAAACAUCAGAGAGCAUUGGGCAUGUCUAUGCGUGUUGAGAGAGCAUCACUUGAACAGGUUCAGAAAAGGUUUGAGUCACUUAAGAAGAGGAAAGACCCAGGUAGCUUUAGUGAACAAGAUUUGGAUGAGAGAAUAUUGAAACAGCAGCAAGAGGAUGAGGAGAGGAAGCGCCAACGCAAAGAAAAGAAGAAAGAGAAAAAGAAAGAGCUGGCUGCCCAGAAUGAACCUGAGGAGGACAUAGACCCUGAUGUUGCUGCCAUGAUGGGUUUCGGAGGCUUCCGUUCCUCAAAGAAAUGAAUGAUCCAUGGCGGCCUUUUUUUGUGACCUGUGGUUUCUUUCAGGUCGAAGAGUAUAUGCACCUGGAUUACAAUAUAUAUUUGUUUCUAAGGAACCAGGACAAGAGUUUUGUGCACCUCUUGAUCCAAAGCUGCGUGGAAGUGAUUGAAAAUAACUUUUGUAAUCGCUACCAGAUAGUAUUUUAUCUGUAAGGAUGCAUGAGAUGUCGAAACAAGUUUAAUCUGUGUAUUUCGGUAUCCAAGAGUGAAUGGUGACCUUGCUGUAAUUCGAUUCUCGCUUAUGUGAAUGAUUUCUGAAGUGUUAAAAUUACUCUGAACUUUCGAAUUAA